AUGGACGCCGUGCAAGACGCAUCUGGUGUCCAACUAGGUGUACAACCAGACACGCCUGCAGAGACGCCUGCAAGUACACCUUUUUUUGAAGCUCAAACAAACGAAGCAACACCAGAGCGAGCAAAAUCCCCAUCACCUUUGCCAUUACCACCAGCCCAGAAGACUCCAGACCUCAGCACCGCCGCCAUCCGCGAGCUGCAAAUCCACGAGCUCGCCGCCCUGGCUUCAUGCUUCCUCUUUCCCCUAAUAGGAACAUGGAUCCUUCAUAACAUCCGCUCCAACCUCUCGCGGCCUUCCGAAGGUCUCGUCUCAAACUACAACCUCACCAUCUUCCUCUUAGCCGCCGAGAUCCGGCCUUUGGCACACCUCCUUAAGAUGGUGCAGGCCCGCACCCUCCACCUCCAACGCAUCGUCGACUCAUCCCGCGACGCCGCCGACGUCGACGAAGCCGACAAAUUCGACCCCGCGCGAAUUACAGAUCUCUCUAAACGCCUCGAAGAACUCGAAGUGCACAUCGCUGAAACAGCCGCCGCGCGUCUCUCCAACCCCAAUCCUGAUCCAACAAACCCUAACUCCCCGCACGAGCCAAUAUCCCCCUUCUCAAAAGAAACCCAAGAAUCCUGCCAAUCACUAAUCACAACCGCGACCUCAAGCUUCCAAUCAGACAUCGACGCCCUCACCCGCGCCGUACGCAAGUACGAAAAACGGACGUCCCUCAUGGCCCACGAGACUGAAAAGCGUCUCCAGUUUCUCGAGUCCAAGGCGCGCGAGGCUCUCGCUCUCGCUGCGGCCGUGCAGCAGCAGUCCCUUGCGGAGGAAGAAGUAAAGAAAAAGAGGAGGCGUCAGACAUUAUCGGCAUCCGCGGCGUCGCUCGUGGUGUUAGCCGUGGAGUGGGCUAGCACCGCCGUAUUCCUGCCGUUAACCAUCGGGGCUUCGCUGGUCAGUCUUCCGGUCUUGGUCGCGAGGAGGGUAGGGAGGGUCCUGCUUGGAGUUGUUUCGGGGGACCAGGGGCGGAGAGACCGAGAUCGGAACUUUGAUCGAAAGAGGGAGAUGGAGCGCGGGAGGGGUCCGGCGAGGAGGUAUACCUCGUCCUCAGCAAAAGGCAAAGCGCCACAGAGCCAGGCUCAGACGGCCGAACAGGUGCAGACUCAGACGCGCAGGCCAAUUUCUUCAGUUCAGCCGACGCGUGCGAAGCGGGAACAGGGACGGGAACGGGAACGGGAGCGUGAAAGAGCUUUGGUUUUCGAGGAAGAGGAUUAA